AUGUGUCUUUUGACCCAGCAAGUGUUUCAGUAUGCAUCAAGCAAGGAUGCAUCAGACAAUAAGUGGAUGGUUAAGUUCAAGGAUGCAUCAGACAAUAAGUGGAUGGUUAAGUUCAAGGAUGCAUCAGACAAUAAGUGGAUGGUUAAGUUCAAGGAUGCAUCAGACAAUAAGUGGAUGGUUAAGUUCAAGGAUGCAUCAGACAAUAAGUGGGUGGUAAAGGUCAAGGAUGCAUCAGACAAUAAGUGGAUGGUUAAGUUCAAGGAUGCAUCAGACAAUAAGUGGAUGGUUAAGUUCAAGGAUGCAUCAGACAAUAAGUGGGUGGUAAAGGUCAAGGAUGCAUCAGACAAUAAGUGGAUGGUUAAGUUCAAGGAUGCAUCAGACAAUAAGUGGAUGGUUAAGUUCAAGGAUGCAUCAGACAAUAAGUGGGUGGUAAAGGUCAAGGAUGCAUCAGACAACAAAUCUGGAUGGUGA